CUCACUCCUGGUGUUGUGUUCCAUCUAGAAAAUCCUAUGGCUUAGCUCACUCCUUUUGGAUGUUCCUUUUAAAGAAUGUUUUAGUGCUGGGUGAUGAGCAGGAUUUUUUCUGAGUCUCAAGACUGUGGAACGGUGAUAAGUUGCUGCUGGUGUUGGCAUGUACCCAACCUGCAAAAUCUUACUGUCCCAAAAAGUACUCGGGCUUUCCAUGGCUGUUGGGAGUGUGAGGCUGGGCUGCUCCAUGGUUUGACAGUUCUUGUUGCACACCAGUCCCAAGUAGCUGGCAAAUCCUGGGUUCACUUCUCUUCGGUGCUUAGAAAUACAGGAGUAGAUCCUGGAGAGACCUGGGAAGGUUGUGUGGAAAUUGGUGUGUUCAGACAUUCACACUUGUUCUUUUCUGCCUUUAGUGGAUUAUGGUUUUAUUUAGGCUGAUGUCUUCAGGGGUGGAAGUGAAAAUUAUUCAGAACUGGUGGUGUGAGUAGGGUCAGAAGACAAAAGCCCCACCUGUGGGGAUCUGUGAGCUGGAGCAGAACUUUAGUUUUCCAGUGCACACUGUGAACUUUGAGCACCUAUUUAACAAUUUAUUGUUAAAAAAAAAAAGGAACAAAACCCAACCUAAAAAGCAAAAAGAAAAAUCCCAAAGUUAGAGGGCUUUUCUCCUCACCUGGUGAUGACUUCUGAAACGGGUCCAAGUAAAGAGCUUUGUGUAGUGUUGUUUUUGAUCUGGCACCAGAGAAUUGUGGCAGAAUGAAGCAUUGAGGAAAGGAGGUCACACACCUGUGCAGAUGAAUUCCCCUUUCUCCUGGAGCUGUCUCGGUUUGUUUGCCAGCAGUUGUGUCUCGGAAGCUGCUGUUAUUCUUGUGUUUUGGUAACUCUUUAGCUUUCUUCCUACAAGUCUUUAUUCCAUUUGGGUGUAGAAAUCCAUCCCAGUUCCAGCUGGCAAGGUGUGUUUUUACAGACUGAAGCAGAAUUAACCGCUGUUUGUUGAUCCCAAACCUUGCUCGUGUGUAUUUACCCCUCACUGUGUAAAGGGUAGGCAGGAAGAUUAUGUCAGAGCUUCAACCUUUUACAUCAAAGCACAGUUGCUAAAAUGUCUAAAAAAGUUUAGCUUCAUAUGUGUAUAGAGUUAAGACUUUAAUGGUCAUGCUUGGUAUUUCUGGUUUAAGGAGAAACACUUAGUGGUAGUGGUGGAAAACGGGCAGAUUAUUCCCAUUUUUACCCCAGGAAGUGAAAGCUGUCAAACUGAAAUUCCCAGGUUUGGGGGCCAUCUGCACUCGAGCCAUUUUAGCUUUUAACUUGUGCUCUGAGAGUUUCAGCUGUGCUUGAAGGUGAGAGUGGAAAAAGUGCUAGUUAAACUUCUGGGGCUCUAUUCUUUUCCUGAUUAGAUUUGCAGCCAGAAUGAUGGUAGGGAAUAGUUGCAUGGAAAUUGGCACUGGGAAGAGCUGACUUCUGGGCCAGAGGAAAUCUGUGCCAUGGGGGGCGGGGGUUGUUUGUUUCUGGUUUGUUUUUUAGUCUACAGAAGUGAGGAAGCUGCACUCCUGUGUCUUGGCUGCACGCUGGAUGAAGCCCUUUUGCACCUUGUGCUGGUUGCAGAGGACCUGGAAACAGGCUGAGGAGUGUCUUCCUUAGACAGGUUGUGCAGAAGAAGGAGAGAGGCUUCUCCCUCCUCCUCCUCCUCCUUCUCCUGUUGGGCUUUAGCAGAAGUUUAUUUUUUUUUUUUUUUUUUUUUUUUUUUGUUUUGUUUUGUUAUUGCAUUGCAUUGCAUUGCAUUGCAGUAUUAGCCUUUACUGUCAACUGCUAGAUCCAGUUUGGAAUAUUCCCUGGGAGCUGUGGUACAGAGCCAUGGGAUCAGGCUUCUCCAGCAUCUCCUUGGGAGUUCUGGCUGUGCAGGUCUGAUGGGAAUUUAGAGGGGAGAUGAGCCAAAGCAUUCAAAAACCUGAGAUGUUCGCCAUGAAGACUGAGAAGGUGCAGCAGUCGCCUUGAGAUCUGCUAAAGAAAGCCAAGAAGGUGCAGUACAUGCUCUGAUGGUGAAGUUUAUACAUGCAAGACAGCAGCUUGAUGGUUUACAACACAAUGUGAUGUCUCACAUCCGGGAUUCCAGUCAGGCUUUUCCAGCCAAAUGUUGCUUAUUCCCACCCUGCUAAUCAAAGAGCAGACAGUGAGUAAUGCAAAGCAAACUGCGUGCUAGGAGAAAAGGGAUCAUUUGGUUCAGAAGGCCUGAUGCAAAACUGGAGAUGGAAGGCUGGGAGGAAUUGGAGAAGUUGUGGAUUCCUCAUUCCUGGAAAUAUCCAAGGCCAGGUUGGACAGGGCUUGGAGCAGCCUGAGCUAGUGGAAGGUGUUGCUACCCAUGGCAGGGGUUGGAAUGAGAUGAGAUUUAAGGUCCCUUCCAACCCAAAUCUUUCUGUGAUCAUCUGUCACAUUUAAAAAGGCUUUGAGUUCCUGAAGGCCCAGUGUCACAGCAAGCACCAAAAAGUGAGAUCACAUGAACUGUACUUGGGAAUUUUAGUUUUUAAGGGAUUAACUUGUUCGCAAGACAUUUCAGCCAGUUGUUAUCUUGCCAAAGCAUGUUUGGAGACCAGCCAUGAGCCAAAAGGAAACCACCUGUACAAGCUGUAAAUAAGCAUGGAGACCUCGGGCUAACAGCAUUUGUAAUGCUUUUUGCUCUAGCACAGCACUAGAAACAUCCAGCUCAGAUCCCUCAGGGAUAUUGCCAGGUGUACAAUUCCAGUGAAGUAUAUGUUUGGGGGAUUCUCUAAACAUGACUUUCCACAUGGCCCAACUUUGAAGCCAGCCUUUCAUAAAGCACUUGCUGAGCUUUACAAGUGUCUCUUUUGUUGUGCUUAGAGCCAGCAAAUCAUCGUCGUAGAAGUCAUUAUCCAAGGGAAAUGUAAUCUGCUUUUAAAUAUUAGUGUCUUUCCUUAGGGACAAUGUGAGGAGAGUUUUAAGAGAAGGUUUGCUGAGAUGAGGACCUGGGGAGUGUCUGGGCUCAGCAGAGAGGGCUGAGUAGGUUCCCACAGCAGGCAGGGGUUUAAGGUGUGAUUAACUAUGGGAUUCAGGGGUUUUGUACUAUGAUGAAAGAGCCUGCAACGCCUGUUUUAGCUCCCAAAGAAGAGAAGGAAGAAGAGGAAGUGUCCAGCGUGCUGAGCCAUGGCUCUCCCGUGGGCACGGCCCGGCCCAGCCGGAGCUGGCGCAGCAGCCGGACGGCGGCCGCCGCUCGGCAGCGCGACUCCGAGAAUUCCCGCACCUCCAGAUCCAAGGCAGGCUCGCUGCAGCUCAUCUGCAAGUCAGAGCCCAACGCCGACCAGCUGGAGUACGUGGUCACAGAAGAGCAUCAACCUCCAGAUGGAGUCAGCAGCGAUGAUGAUGAGGAGAUGCUCAUCAGUGAGGAAGAAGUUCCCUUCAAAGAUGAUCCCAGAGAUGAGACCUACAAGCCCCACCUAGAGAAGGAAGCACCAAAGCAAAGGAGAAAAGCUAGCAAGGGGAAGGAGGAAAAAGAAAGGCAGAAAGAGAUUAAAGUGGAAGUGAAAGAAGAGAACGAGUUUCAGGAGGAUGAAGAACCACCGAGGAAGAGGGGAAGGAGGAGAAAGGAUGACAAGAGCCCAAGGCUGCCCAAGAGAAGGAAGAAGCCUCCGAUCCAGUAUGUCCGCUGUGAGAUGGAAGGCUGCGGAACGGUCCUGGCCCACCCGCGGUACCUGCAGCAUCACAUAAAAUAUCAGCACUUACUGAAGAAGAAAUACGUGUGUCCUCACCCCUCCUGCGGUCGGCUUUUCCGGCUCCAGAAGCAGCUCCUGCGGCAUGCCAAACAUCACACAGAUCAAAGGGAUUACAUCUGCGAGUACUGCGCCCGGGCCUUCAAGAGCUCCCACAACUUGGCAGUGCACCGGAUGAUCCACACGGGCGAGAAGCCCUUGCAGUGUGAGAUCUGCGGAUUCACGUGCCGGCAGAAGGCUUCCCUCAACUGGCACAUGAAGAAGCACGAUGCAGACUCCUUCUACCAGUUCUCCUGCAAUAUUUGUGGCAAGAAAUUCGAGAAGAAGGACAGCGUCGUGGCCCACAAAGCCAAGAGUCACCCCGAGGUGCUCAUUGCUGAAGCACUGGCUGCCAACGCAGGUGCCCUGAUCACCAGCACCGAUAUCCUGGGCACUAAUCCCGAGGCCAUUGUGCCACCGACAGAUGGCCAGGGCCUCCCACUGCUCCCUGAUCCCCUGGGCAGUGCUCCCCCAGCAGAUUGCCUGCUGCUGAGCCCAGAGGGGAUGCCAAAGCCCUACUGUGGCGGGGCAGAGCGCGUGAGCCUGGUGGCUGACGGCAAGCUCUUCGUGGGCAGCGGCAGCAGCGCGAACCCAGAGGGGCUGGUCAUGAACACAGAGAUGCUGGAAGCCAGUACAGAGGUGCUCAUUGAAGAUUCAGACUCCACUGGACCCUAGUGGCAGGGGAGCACCUGGGUGCUGGGACAGUUGGGACUCUGUAUUUAAAAGGAAAAGGAAAAAAAAAACAAAAAAAAGAAAAAAAAAGGGAGGAGGCACUUACAGAAAGAGAGGAAAGUUAAACAAAACUUACAAUACUAGUAAAUAACUGAAGGGUCUGCUCCCCUCCAGCGCAGAUCACAGCACAUCCUCUUUCUCCCAACCACUUCUCUCUCUCCCACGGCCCCUUUGUGGAAAGGGGCACAUGCUGCCAUUGCCAGAGCAAGUUGGAUUGAUCGGCGGAUUUCUCCAAGGGAGGGGGCACUGCCAAAACCCUUCGCUCUACCCCAAAGCAGUUGCCUUUCUGGCUCCUUGGCGUGGCCCCACUGGCAAACUAAAAAGCGUUGGACAUGCUCUGGAGAAGUUCCUUAGGACUCCCUCUCCCCUGGUCCCGACUUCUAUGCACCACUGCACUCUGGUCCUUGCAGUCUCCUCCUUCCUUGCCGGGGCUAGGAGUUUGGCACUUUAGCCCCUCGGCAGGGUGAGCUGUGAAGCAGCAGUGCAUGUCCAGCUCCCACCGCGCUCCCCUGCUCCAGCCCUAGCAGGAAGUGAAGGGAGGGAACGCCUUGGCUCGUAGAUCGUGUUUGCUUGGAGAGGCCCGGGGGCUACAGGAGCCCUGCGUGGGAGAGGCAAGGAGGAGCAUCCCAGUUUGACGACAGUAAUUUGCACUUUGAACAUGCUUCGUUUUUGUGUUGUGGUAACAAGAUUCCUUAUUUAUUGUUUAAAAAAGGGUCGGUAUUUUUUAGUUCUGUUCUUAGGGGGCGGGGGUGGAAGGGGUUCAGGCUGUUUUCCAGUAGGCUCCAGUGCAGGGAGCUCCAGUGCCAUCGUGCCAGCAGCCGGGAGAGCUGAGGUGAAGGCAGCACUCUGGAGUCAGAUGUGUCUCGAAGCUUUUCCAGAGUAGAGGGAGAGCCCCUGGAGAAGAGCCUGUGUGCAGUGGGAGUCUCUGCAGCAGCGUGUUAGCAGGAGGAUGAGGUGAGUGAUGGGCUGUGUCUCCCUCCCUCCCAGCUCCGGGUGAGCUCCUUUGCAUUAAAUGCCUGUUCUGCCUCCAGCCUUUGGGGGAAGGACGUUGUUAGCCAGGAACUUGUUCUUGUGACUCGGGACAGCCGUGAGCUACUUGCUGCUGGGGGAUGUGGUGCUCCUCAUCCAACUCUGCCUCUCCUUUCCAGGUCUAGACAAAGACGCAGCAGGGACUGGAUAUGGUUUUCUCAGGCUUGUUUAUCGAAGGCAAUAGAUUGAUGUGGGACUAAGGGGCUGUCUGCAUUUCUCCCUGCCCUCAUUUUUGGGGGUGGAUUGUGUAGCCGUGUUCUGAAAGCUUCUCUUUUCUGCACAGACACUCCAGCUUUCCCUGAAACAUGGUGGGUCAGGUGUUGCCUGCUGGUGUAGUUAGGGCAACUUUGAGCCCUUGAAAAAGUUUACAUAGGAUAAGAUGUGUCUGCUAUGGAGACUUGGAUUUUUUUUGCUCUUCUCUGAAACUUUGUGUGGAGAUUCAGUGGCCUUGAAUUCGUAGCAGUUUUGGAAGAGGUGAAGAAUAACCUGUUUUUUUUGUUUGUUUGCUUGGUUUUUUGGUUGAGUUGCUGCGGUUGGGAGCAGAGCUGAGCUGAGCUUGUCUGAGCACAAGAUCAGCUGAGCUGGUCUGUAGCACACAGCAGAUUGAUGAAAUCGGGUACCUGGGGUCUGGAAAACUGCAAUAAAAUGUGAAAUUUAAUUGGAUUAACAGGAAACUGACUCUGAACACCCACUCUGUCCCCUGUGAUGCCUGGAAAUCCAGCUGUGGCCCAAACAUGCUGGCUUUUCUCAGGCUGUUUGUCCUGGUUUGCCCCCUUCCCUCCCUUCAUCCUCCCCCCUUACACUGAUACCUUUGUCAGAGCAAGCCGAAGCACUUCCUGGUGUUGGGGCGGAUCGAGGCUGAGCAGUUGGGUGUCCUGUGCCCUGGGUGUGGGCAUCCCACGUCCUCAUGCUGUGGCAGCAGCCUGGCUCACGUGGGGGCCCAGCACACCUGGUGGCAGGUCUGUGGAAUGGUCUUAAACUAAACCAGUUCCUUCGGUUGAGAUGAUCCAGUGUCUUUCUUGGAUUGCUUUACUGUGGUUUGCAGCAGGAAACUUUCUGGGUGGCAGCUGGUCCCCUCCCCUUGCAGGCUAGAGAGGGGCAGUACACUGAGGCCAGCAGUUAGCCCAGCUCUGAUGGUUUCACCCCCAGCAAUGUGAGGCUUCUCUCUGGGGACACUUGGUGGCCCUCAGGGCAGGUUGGCUAUGUCCUUCCUACCUGUUGCUGCUGGCCCCUGUGCCUGUGGGAGGUGCAGGGUGGGCAGAACCUUGCACAGAACACUAAAGGAGAGCUCGGGGGUAUGUUGGUCAAGGGAUGGCACUAAAAGGCUUUUCUUUGGGCCAAGGGCUUGCUCACCUCUGGUGACCCAGCACUUGGCACCGGGCUGGGGGAGACUUGCUCGUCCCACGUCUGCCCCAGUGGAACAGGGUUUGCCCCUGGCUGCACUUCUGGGAUGCAAAAUCAAACAUUUCCUUUGCUUCCCAGUCUGGACACCUCUGAUCCCUGCCGCUCCCUGCCUUGUCCUUCCAUUACACCUCUUGUAGCUCUCCCUUUUCAUUUUCUGGCCGUGGCCAGGUGCCUGUCUGUCUUCUAACCACAGCCUGCUCGCCCCUGAUGCAGGAGACAUGUGUAGCUCCCUUUCCACACCCUUCUGAAGCCCUAAAACUGACAGCCCUCCUGCAGCUCCUCCUCCCCUCGAUGUCUCUCCUUCACUCGCAUGCAGUUUGCUUCAAUAAAUUAUUGUAGUAGUUUGCAAUAAACUUUUUUGUAUUUUUUUCCCCUGUAUUUAUUUUUUUUUUCUCCCUGGGGAGGGAUCGGAGGGGGCACAAGGCCCUUUGACACGGGCAGCACUUUGGGGGCUCUUGGCUACUGGGCUGGGGCUAGGGGCCCCCCAAGCUCAGCAGCUUCUGCAGUAGCCACGGGGUGGCAAGGAAGCUGCUGGGCAUAUGGGGACCCCGAGGCAGGCACACUGUAGUAUUCAUGGGAAGCUGCUUUUCAACUCCUGGGGUUUUUCUCACUCUUGAUCUGGGU